CUGAAAUGUUGCCCACAUUCUUGUUUUGCCAAACGAAUCAUUGCAUUUUUGCUUUGGUUGAAGCAUUUUCCGAAGCUGAAACCUGAAAUUAAUUUCAGGAUGGCCGAAACUGCUAAAGCGCUUUUCAAGGAGAUCGCACCAGCCCAUAAACAGCCACACGGUAAGGUGACCGUGGUGGGUGUUGGCCAAGUGGGUAUGGCUUGCGCGUACAGUAUACUUCAGCAGAAUAUUGCCAGUGAAAUAUGUCUGGUGGAUGUGGUGCCGGAUAAGCUGAAGGGUGAGAUGAUGGAUCUGCAGCAUGGCAUGGCGUUCACAAGGCAUUGCACGGUUAAGGCCGAUACAGAUUACCAGAUCAGUGCCGGCUCCAAGGUGUGUGUGGUGACAGCCGGUGCGCGUCAACGUGAAGGCGAAAGUCGGCUGUCACUAGUGCAACGCAACGUCGAGAUCUUCAAAGGCAUCAUACCAAACCUGGUCAAGUACUCACCAGACACGGUCAUCAUGGUGGUCUCGAACCCAGUUGAUGUUCUCACGUAUGUGGCUUGGAAGCUGUCCGGUCUGCCAAUGGAGCGUGUCUUCGGAACGGGAACCAACUUGGAUUCGGCUCGAUUCAGAUUCUUGCUCUCGGAGCGUUUACAUAUAGCGCCAAGCAGUUGCCAUGGAUGGAUUAUUGGAGAGCAUGGCGAUUCGAGUGUAGCCGUUUGGUCGGGUGUUAACGUUGCCGGUGUACCGUUGAGUGAGGUCGUACCGGAUCUGGGUGGGAAGACCGAUAAUGAACACUGGGAACAGGAGAUCCACAAGAAAGUUGUCGAUAGUGCAUACGAAAUCAUCAAGCUGAAAGGCUAUACGUCGUGGGCUAUCGGUCUAUCGGUGGCCACCAUCGUGAACAGUAUUCUUCGAAACAGUCGCAAUGUAUUCGCCCUGUCGACUAACGUUAACGGUUUACACGGUAUCAACGAGGAUGUCUAUCUGUCACUUCCGUGUGUUGUGGGCGAGAAUGGCGUUACGCAUGUGGUGAAACAGAAUUUGAAACCAGACGAGGUUCGUCCUGAUUUUUAG